AUGAAAUAUCCCGAUACAGCAAUCGGUCGAUCGAAUUUGUUUUCAUUGCCACCAGCACGAGUCAAAGAACAAACACCUCAUGAAUCUUGCCUUUGCAUAUGCCAUGAAAAUGUAGAUUUACUACUUCGCGCUUAUAAUUUUAUCGGUGCAGCUGUUUUAGCUUAUAAACCUGAAUCAUUAGAACAUUUGUUUGCUGGUAGUGCAACUGUACUUGUCAAUGAUAGUGUAACAGUACCCAUUUUACGACGUGUGAUUGUUUGA